UUUUGUUAAACCCUAGGCAAAAAAAGACCCCACGCCUGAGUCUCCUCAAAUCUCGGCGCUUGUCUUUACGCGAUUUUGCAAAAUGAAGAUCGUUGCCGCUUAUUUGCUUGCUGUGAUGGGUGGAAACACUAGCCCAUCUGUUGAUAAUCUGAAGAAAAUUUUAGGAUCAGUUGGGGCUGAGGCUGAAGAGUCAAGAAUUGAAUUCUUCCUCUCCGAGGUCAAAGACAAGGACAUAACUGAGCUCAUUGCCUCUGGAAGGGGUGCUUCGGUGGCGGUGCUGGUACUGCGGCUGACACCUGCUGGUGGG